ACCGCCUUGACUAAGAGAGCUUGCUGAUAUCAACAUCAAUUUAUGCACAUGUACUAUGAUGGACACCACAGGCAGCUUGAUGGUCGACUGUCUCUCUUUCUUGCAAGACGUUGUUGCCAAUUACUCAUCAGGAGAUUGGAACUACGGAGAUUCUUUACGGCAAAGAGGUGAAGGAAUCUUUUCUAACUUCUUGGCAUUAGGUUUUCCGCAAGACGCAAUAGACACGUUGUUGCCCGUAAUUGUGUCUCUUCGCGUCAGAGAGGACGUAGAUAGAGACAGUUUCUUACUGGAAAGAACGACAUCUGGUAGAGGUCGUCCUAAAUUUGAACUGGCAGAAGAGCAAUUGCAGUAUUUUCUUGACCAUGGAUUUUCAGUCGUCGACAUCGCGAAAAUGCUUAGAAUUUCUAGGAGUACUGUUCACAGAAGAAUAUCUCAGUUUGGGCUUACAGGGCCAAGAACAUUCUCCAAUAUAGGUGAUGAAAAGUUUGACGACGUUGUACGAAGCAUUCAGAACUACUUUCCUAAUUACGGUGAGAAACUACUAGAAGGCCAUCUUGUUGCCAGAGGUCUCAAAGUCCAGAGAAGAAGACUGCGCGAGUCUCUUCACAGAACCGAUCCUGUUGGAGUAGCUAUUCGCCGCCAUUUAGCUAUUAUGAGGAGGAAAUACCGUGUGCCUCGUCCGAACGCACUGUGGCAUAUCGACGGCAACCACAAACUGAUAAGAUGGCGACUUGUAAUUCAUGGAGGCAUUGACGGAUUUAGCCGACUACCCGUUUAUCUGACAUGUUCUAAUAACAACCGUGCAGACACUGUACUAGAGGCUUUUCUAGGAGCUACAAAUCAGUUUGGUUUGCCAUCACGUGUCAGAUGUGAUCAUGGUGGAGAGAACGAAAAGGUCGCGCAGUUUAUGUUGACACACAGGAACAGAGGUCCUGGUCGAGGUAGUGUCAUUACCGGAAAGAGCGUGCACAACACAAGAAUAGAACGUUUUUGGAGAGAUCUAUUUCAAGGAUGCACAGGCCUGUACUAUAAUCUGUUCUAUGCUAUGGAAGACGAUGGACUCCUCAACGCUUCUGACCAUACCCAUUUGUACUGUUUGCACAACGUCUUUCUUGCACGCGUAAACAGUAGUCUCCGUAUAUAUGCCAACGCUUACGCUGAGCACAAACUGCGUACAGAACAUAAUCAAAGUCCAAUUCAGCUGUGGAUAAGAGGGCAAAUACAAGACCAAAGUGUUGACGUUAGCGAACCAAUGACUCCUAUAAGUCUCGAAGAACUAGCAGUCUACGGCAUAGAUCCUUAUGGACCACUCCCUCAAGUCUUACAGACAAGCAAUGAUGUUGUUGUUCCAUCUGUUGACGUCCGUUUGUCUCAUGAACUAGUAGAAGACAUACAACAGCGAUUUAACCCAUUAAGAGACAGUGACUCUUUGGGUGUUGACAUUUUUUUUAGAGAUUAUGAAUUAUGUACAAAAUUAUAUGUCUGAUAGUGCAUGACUGGCAUUUCGUCGUAGUCAAUGCAGUAUACUGUACAGUAAAGUAUAUUCAAAAAUGUAUCUCGA